CAAAACAACAUCAGACUCAACGCCUUCGUUUCAGAGGAAGUUCAGUUUCAUUUUUUAACAAAACGACAUAUUUAAAAGUUUCAGGGACACGGGGACGAUUAGGAUCAAACCGUUGGACACAGGACUAUGGCUGUGGCUCAUCCAUGGAGACGUCCGAGCUGGAGUGAACACGAGAACGAGCGAGAGGAGGGCAGACGGCGAAGACUCAGCUGGAUGCAAAGAGUGAUGCGAUGGGACAAAAUGCAGGAAAAUGAACAGAUCGACCAACACGAGGAUGAAAAGGAGGAUGAGGAGGAUGAGGAGGAUGAGGAGGCUUCAGAUGGAGAGAUGCAAGACAAAAGCCUGGAAACACGUGGAAAAAUCAGAGGAAAACAAGAAGAAAGACAAGACUCUGAGGAAUAUGAGCGAGCGAACACGGAUCAAAUACCCCAAAAAAAUCACAAUCACGGAGAGAAGGAUGAAGAGGCUUUUGAUGGAGAGAUUCAAGACAAAAGAUUAGAAAGAAAUAGAAAAAUCAUGGAAAAACAAGUAGAAAGGCUGGAUUGUGAGGAAUAUGAGAAGACGGACACAGAUAAAAUGUCGGAAAAGUCCAACGGCUUUGAAACCCAAGACAAUAUGGAGCGUUAUUUCCAGGAAAACCAGGACGCCGGCGGAAGUGAGAGUUUUGACAGAGAAAACUGGUCUGAACUGAAUGAGUCUGAAUGUUUAAGUUAUAACUCGGAUCCAUUUAGAUGUUACGAAGAUUACGAAUUCCAGGAACCACAAUCAGAAGAACAACAUGACGUUACUGAUGAUGUUAGCGACAGUUUAGAAGUGCUACGCCUUGGUUUAGCCACAGGGGGCGCAGAUGAGGCUCUGAAUCAAAAUAUGGAUCACUCUCAUUUUGAAGUUCACGUAGAGCAAAGAAAGACGACUGAACAAAAUGGCGUCAAACGAUUUGAACAAGAUUGUCAGUUUGCCCGCUCAGGUAAAAAAUCAGCUUCUGGAGUUUCAGAAAAUGAGGAACUAUAUGAUGAAGAAGUCUACAGUCCAAACACAGAGGAAGACGAACAGGUGGAUAGAUUUAAACGUUUAAUGGAAGGCGGAGUCAAGUCUCAAAACGAUGAACUUACAACUAAACCAAAAGAUGAUUCAGAGUUUGAGAACUCAGCCUCAACUUGUUUUGAAAAUUGGAAACGUUUGUAUGUGGAAUCCAGACAUCGAGAAGAAGACAAACAUCAAGAUGGUUCAGAAAAUGGGGAACCAAGUUAUGAAGAAUCGAACAAUCAAAAUACAGACAAACCUAAAGAUUUAGAUGUGAGUGGAAUCGAAGACUUGACAGAAGGUCCAGCCCAAAUAACACAAGGAGAAGCUGAGGAAGUCGCCACACCAAAAGACGGACAUUCAACAGAAGAAGAGACAACCACAACCGACGAAGACGAUGAUAAUGUGGGCGAGGAAGACAUCGACUGCUACGACUUAGAUGAAAUCAAAACGUACAGACACGACAAUCACGCAAAUGGAAUGUUCCAAACUUUAAAAGAGUUCAAAGACGCUCACAUCCUGACAGAUCUUGAACUGAAAACCACAGAUGGAAAAAGUGUCCAGGUUCACGCCGUUGUGCUGUCGGCGGUGAGCUACGCCGCGAGGAGGUGCUUCAAUCAACAGAGUAGCUGGUUUUGGGACAGAAAGACUCAGGUGAUGGAAGUUGGUGCAGAAGUCGAAUUCGAAGCCCUGGAAGCAGUGGUUGAGUUUGCCUACACCGGGGCGAUCCAAAGUCUUAACGCUUCAAAUGUGACUGAGAUCAAAACAGCAGCACAAUGUUUAUCUGCCUCAAGAAUCUUAGAAAUCUGUGAGAGAGAACGGUCCAAAAACAAAGGGAAAACAGUCCCUGCGUCAACUGAACUGAGAAUAAAUCUGCAGAAGAUGGAAGAGCUCUGGGCGAACGAGAUGGGCUGUGAUGUCACUCUGGAGGUCAUCAGUGCUUCAUUUCAAGUGCACAAAGUCGUGCUAGCGGCCUGUAGCGACUAUUUCCGCGCGAUGUUCACGUUGGGUAUGAGAGAAUCAUCUCAGUCCAGUGUUUACCUCCAGUUCCUCUCAGCUCCAGAACUCGAAGCCCUCCUCCACUGCUCCUACACCGGGUCCAUCUCUCUCACCUGGAACAGCAUUUUCGAAACCACCAGCACAGCUCUGCAACUGCAAAACCAGCCCGCCCUCGGCCUGUGCUUCAGCUUUCUCCAACAAGAAAUAAACCCGCAUUCGUGUCUCGAUGUGGCGUCUUUUGCAGAAGCUUUUGGUAUCAUCAAACUCCUUGAUCAUGCCGAAGAUUACAUCCUACGCCAGUUUCAGAAAGUAGCGCGUACUCCAAAGUUUAAGGACCUCCCUGCGAGGACUCUUUUCAAGUAUCUAAAUAGUUUUUCAUUGUGUGUACCAUCUGAGUUGGUUGUUUUCAGAGCCGUGGUGGACUGGAUUCAAGCUAAACCGAAACGAAGGUUAAAGUUAGCCAAAGAACUUAUGAAAACAAUACACUUUCCACUGAUGACAUUUAAGGAGUUUAAGGAGGUCCAGGCUCUUAAACUGUGGUCCAAUCACAGCUUACAAGAACUUUACGAAGCCAUUUUUGAUGAUUUUUGCUCCAAUGAAAUCGAAACGCAAACCAAAUGUCGUAUUUAUCUGCCAAAGGAGAGUCUGGUCCUGAGCGGAGGUGAUCAGAUUUCGGAAGAUCUGGGAACGCGAAGUAUCAGUAAAGAUUUGUGGUUUGGGAAUUCGUUGAGGAACCACAUGGGGAUUAAAAAGGCGAUGGAGUGGAGGAGGCUGGGCGAGAUGCCGCAGCCCGCGCGCUUCAGCCAUGAGGUCGCUGUGAUCCAAGGACAGCUCUACCUCCUCGGUGGGAAGAAGUAUUACGGAACUGGAGAUACGCUAAACUCAUUUUUCAGAUAUGACCCUCUGGAGAACACGUGGGAGGAGCUGAGGUCCAUGCAGCAGGCCAGAUGCUCCUUCUCUGUGGUCGUGUUUGAGUCAAAGCUGUUCGCCAUCGGAGGAAAGUGUCACCCGGACUACAUCGAAACAGUGGAACAAUACUGCCCCACGGCGAACUCCUGGAGCUUCUGCUGUUCUCUGGAUCUGCCACUGGGGGGCCACGUGGCCAGAGUCUUCGCCGGACAGAUAUUCGUUUCAGGCGGACUCAACGACGACUACGACUGCCUGUCCUCCAUGUUCUCGUACGACCCCGACAAAGGCAGCACUUACCUCGAGAACAUGACCCGCCCUCGCGCCCUGCACUGCAUGGAGGCGAUGGGCGACUUCCUGUACGUCGCGGGCGGACUCUCUCAGACGGAUAGCGCUAGCAUCGUCGAUAUGCUAGCGUGCGAAAUGUACAACCCCAAAGAAGAUUCUUGGACAUGUUUUUCGCCUCUGCCGGUGCCGCACGUGGGCGCCGGGAGCGCCGUUCUGGAGGGAAAGUUUUAUGUUUUGGGCGGGUACAGUCAGGAGGACUACAGCGACACCAAAAUGGUCCAUCGAUACGACCCGGCGGCCCAGCUGUGGGAGAAUAUGGGCAAAAUGCCAGGCCCCAACAACGAUUUAAAAGCCUGUGUGCUGAGUUUACCAGAACAUCUGAGGCUGUGUCCAGAGUAGAGGGCGGGGCUUAGGACAGUCACGUCUUUGGAGACACUGGACUUCUACUGGACUCAUAUUUUACAGUAAAAGUCAAAGUUUAUAUUUUACAGUGUAACUUGAGUAAAGGUUUUGAUGAUGUCAUCGUUUACUCCCCUCUUCUGGAAUUAAAGGUGCUCUAUGUAACUUUUCUGGUGCUCUAGAUACAAAUGAAUAGAACUGUAGAACAACACGGGACUAAACAGACGACACAAACAGCAGAAACUGCGUCGCCACUAGAGGUCCUCACUGAGGCGCCGCUCUGUAUUUAUCACUUUUAUUGUACAGAUUCAUUUACAAAGUGGAGUAAAAGAAAUAAACAUUUGACCCUGU